AUGGCAGGAGAUUUCAUUAUCGGCUGCGUGGGGAAGCCAUCUGCCGGAAAGAGCACCUUCUUCAACGCUGCAACGGAGGGUUCUUCAGCCAAGGUGGGCAGCUACCCGUUCACGACCAUAACCCCCAAUGAAGGCAUCGCGUAUUAUACCACGGACUGUCCUUGCAAGAAGUAUGGCGUGAGUUGCACACCGCGCUACGGGCGCUGCGUAGGAGGCCAGCGCGCCAUCCCCGUUCGGCUGCUCGAUGUCGCGGGUUUAAUCCCUGGAGCAAAUGAAGGCAGAGGCCUAGGCUGCAAAUUCUUGGACGACCUCCGCGUUGCUCAUGUCUUGUUGCACAUCAUCGACAUCUCUGGCACUACAAAUGAGAAGGGGGAAAACACAACGGGCUACGACCCCAGCUCAGAUCACGAGUGGCUCCUGAGCGAAGUGCAGCUUUGGAUUUACAAAAAUCUAUGGAGCAAAUGGUCUUCUCUUGCCAGGAAACACGCUGCUACGAACAGCUCCCUGCUCGACACCUUCGCUGCACAGUUCAGCGGAUACGGCGCUUCUCAGACGCUUGUGGCGUUGGUGUUACAGGAGUUGCAGCGCAUUCGGAGCGCCCGAAUCAAAGCCACGCGAGCCGCAGUCGCUCCUGAAGCAGCGGCAGCACUAGCAUCCGCUGCUUGUGCAACGGAUGAUGCGUCUCUACUGCUCUCCAACGACCUGACAAAAUGGACACCGGAAGACGCCAUGGAACUGGUUAAGCUCUUUGUCAAGAUUCGCUUUCCGUUCGUCCUGGUGCUCAACAAAUGCGACGCCAAAAUGAUCUAUUACGACGCUAGCAGCGGGGCAGCGUAUUCUAGAGAAGACGCCAGCGGUCCCUGCAGCAGUCGGCUCAAAGAAGAACAACGAAAGGCUAUCCAAUCUCUGAAGCCAAUCGAUGCAAAAGCCCUACAUCGCCUCGAGAAGGUUCGAGAUCUCAUGCUCUUCCGGCACGGAGGCACCGGCGUGGCGGAGGCGUUGCGUGUUGCUGUGGAGGUACUAGGUCAGCGGAUGGCGAUCUAUCCCGUUAAAACACUACAACUGACCGUUCCAGACAAGAAGGGGAGGGGGCCUUUUGUUGAAUGUCUACUUGUUAAAAAAGGCAUCACUGUUGGCGAGUUCGCCUCUCUUCUGCAUCCGGCAAUCGGAAGGAAUUUUUUGUUUGGUGAGCUCCCAGAUGGCCGGCGCAUCGGGGGAAGCGAGGUGUUGACACCGGAGUGCAACAUCCUGCGCAUAAAUACUGACAAAUCAGCCGAGUAA